AUGGGUCAGACUCUGUCGGAGCCCGUGGUUGAAAAGACAUCGGCCGAGGGCGAAGAUGAGUGCUGCGUAUACGGUGUCUCGGCCAUGCAGGGCUGGCGCAUCAGCAUGGAGGAUGCCCAUGCCGCCAUUCUGGACAUGCACGCAAAGUAUUCAGACAACAGUGACGGCAAACCGACGGAUCCGGACAAUCGUCUCGCCUUCUUUGGAGUGUAUGACGGCCACGGUGGAGACAAAGUCGCGUUAUUCGCUGGGGAAAAUGUCCACAAGAUCGUCGCCAAACAGGACGCGUUCGCCAAGGGCGAUAUUGAACAGGCAUUGAAAGAUGGUUUCCUUGCUACCGACCGGGCGAUCUUAGAAGGUGCGUUGAUGCUAGGUGGAGCAGAGGGAAAGAAAACAAUCCUGACCCAGCUUCGCGAUACAGACCCCAAGUAUGAAGAGGAGGUGUCCGGUUGCACAGCCUCAGUCGGCAUCAUCUCCAAACACAAGAUCUGGGUGGCAAAUGCGGGUGAUUCGCGGUCAGUACUGGGAGUCAAGGGCCGUGCAAAGCCCCUGUCUUUUGACCACAAGCCUCAGAAUGAAGGCGAGAAAGCUCGUAUCAGUGCGGCGGGUGGAUUUGUUGACUUCGGUCGUGUCAAUGGCAACCUGGCCCUGUCUCGUGCACUUGGUGACUUCGAAUUCAAGAAGAGUCCUGAGCUGUCUCCCGAGCAGCAGAUUGUGACUGCAUUCCCCGACGUGACUGUCCACGACCUGACUGACGACGAUGAAUUCCUGGUGAUUGCUUGCGACGGCAUCUGGGAUUGCCAGUCUUCUCAAGCGGUGGUCGAAUUCGUCCGAAGAGGCAUCGCGGCCAAGCAGGAUCUCUACCGAAUCUGUGAGAACAUGAUGGAUAACUGCCUGGCGUCCAACAGCGAGACUGGUGGUGUUGGUUGUGACAACAUGACCAUGACCGUCAUCGGCCUGCUGAAUGGCAAGAGCAAGGAGGAGUGGUACAAGCAAGUCGCGGAGCGGGUUGCGAACGGGGACGGGCCUUGCGCUCCUCCCGAGUACGGCAAGUCUCACGAGGAAGCCGAGGCCGAAAACAACCCGGAGGAGUAUGAUCUGGAGAUGGAGCGUCCGCGUGGUUUCAGUGUCCGCUCCGGCCGGAUCAUCUUGCUGGGGGACGGCACCGAAGUCGUUCCGGAUCAGGGCGAGGAGGAGUUGUUUGACCAGACCGAGGAAGACCAGGACUUGGCGAAUCAAGUGCACCAUGAGACGCCCGAUGCCACCCGGAACGAGCGCGAGGAGACUCCCGGUCCUCAAGGGAAGCAGGAUGGAGCAUCCGCUGCUCAAAUAUCUGAAUCCCCGGCCUCCACCGCUGACGCCGACAAGAAGUCUACGUAG